AUGGUCCUUGACUACAGCAAGUGGGAUGCACUGGAGCUAUCCGAUGACUCGGAUAUUGAAGUGCACCCCAAUGUCGACAAACGGUCUUUCAUUCGGGCCAAACAGGCUCAGAUUCACCAGCAGCGUGAACAGCGCCGUCACGAUAUCAAGACCCUAAAGUACGAGCGCAUUAUCAACGAUGGCCUACUCUCCCGCAUCGACAAGCUCCUAGAUUCUCUCAAGCAGCAUGAAGACUCCUCAGCUUCCCCCGAGCAGUUCAUUUUCCAGACCAUCAUGGAGUUCGCCAGCAAUCCUACCGAAGACCAGGUCCCGCCACCCCCAGAGGGCGUCCACACCCACGAGAAGGAACAACCCAAAUACUCGCAGAUGAUGAGCGCUUUGGUAGACCAAGUCAAGAAGGAAUUUGGAGACUCUAAGCCCGACAAUAUGUUCAAGGCUUAUAUCACUGGCGUGCAAGGACACAAGGACAAGGUGCAGGGCUUGCAGAAGGAGUUGUUGACGAGAUUGGCGCAGCUGGAGAAGGAAGAGAGCAGCAAAAUCACCAGUGAAGGCCUGCAUGAUGGCUUCAAUUCUUCAUACGUGCCCAAGGCCGAGCCAAAGGCUAAAGCUGCGGCGCCAGCCAAGACAUCCGAGGUGGAGCUCCUCAACCCUGGUGCUGGAAGCUCCUCGGCUGCCCAAGCUGAGGAAGAUGACGACGAUGAUCCGGCCAACAUCGAGAUCAGCCCAUUGGCCAAGCGAUUCGCAAAACUCAAGGCCAAUGACUACACUGCCUACCAAAGAUUCAUCACCGAACACCCCGAAAUCGUUGCCGAGAAGGAGACGGAUGGUCUGCUUGUUGAGGCCUUCAACAGCCAGCUUAAGGGCGAGGAGGCAUACGCUCGCCAAUGUGUGCACCAGGGACUGCUCUUGCAGUACUGCCGUUCCCUCGGCCCCGAUGGUAUCAAGCUGUUCUUCGGCCGUAUCACUACCAAGGAACAUCGCGCUGCAACCUUGUUCACCAAUGAUGUCAACGACACCUACAAUCGCAUCAAGACCCGCGCAGCUGAGCUCAGCAAAGAGAAAUCGAACGACCCAGCUGGUGUUGAGCAGAUCCAAUUGCAUGCGGUUGACCCCAACACCAAGAUUACUAUCAACAUCCCCGCAGCCAACAGCGAGGAGCCUAUUGAGAUCGAGGCCCGCAAGAUUUUCGAUGCUUUCUCACCGGAGCUCCAGAAAGCAUUGCUAUCCGAGUCUCUGGACGAGGUCAACAAGGUUCUCGGCAAGAUGACCGUCGAGGAAGCCGAAGUUGUUGUAGAGCAACUGGGUGAGAGCGGUAUGCUCAGCUUGGAGGAGGGAAUCAUUGAUGGUACCACGGAGGAAGGUCAAAAGAAGUUGGCUGAGAUUGAGGCUGAGGCUAAGCAGGAUGUCGGCGAGGCUGGUGGGGAUGUGACUGAGUUGGACUAA